CAAAGUCAAACGGCAGGAAUGUAACAUAACCAAAUUUCUAGAAUUGGAAUGGAGGGGGAAAAAUUGGUUGCAUCAUUUGCAACAUUAAUAAGGUGAAUUCAACAACAUUAGUUAUUUUUUUGUUGCCCAACAACAAAGCAUAAUACUUGAAAGUAACUUGAACAUCUGGUCAAUACUCUUUACCAUGCUUUUGGCAGCUUCUCCUUCAUUUCAUGGUGACAUAUUGAACAUGAUUGUUAAUGGUCUCAAUUAGCUUAACCUUGUCAUUAACCACAACUAUCUGAACUUACUAUUAGUUGAUUCUCUAAUGUUAAGGCACUCAAGGUGGCACCAAUGAAGAAACUGGACUCAAAAUGUCUGCAAAAACAAGUUUCAAUUCUGCAAAGUCUGCAGUGUUAUUAAGGAAGCUUAUCUUGGUUCUUGGCCCUCUACCAAGUCAAAGGGAUAAAGUGGACUUUAAGCAUUAGGUGGAGAUUAGCUCUGUACCAUAUUCCAUAUCAAGAAUUCACCAGCUCUGCAGUAGGAAAUUCUUGGACGCUUGAUAACAAAUUAGAAGGCCCUGUAUUUAGAACAAAUACUUUUGUAUGUGUGGAUUAAAGUGAAAAGGGUCAGUAUUGGUUCAGCUCACAUGAUAUAAACAGUAGUGGGCAAUAACCUUCAGUCACAAAGUGACCGUGGGGAGGUGGAGAAAGAUUGAGGCUGUCUCAGUACCUGCAGAGACUAGGGGAAGUAUUUGGCUCCAUCAACACACUUGAGUUGCUACAUGGAUUUUAUUGAUCGCUGCAACACUGCUCUCCAGGUGCUCUGGGAUUAUGUUCGGCUUCACCACACAGCCACAGUGACGUCUCCAGCCUUCCCUGUUCUUCUGGCUUUCUCUGGCUACCUCCUCUUCUCCACCCCCUUCGCUCUCAUGGACCUCAUUGGAAAGCGAUUGCCGCUGCUAUCCAAAUAUAAGAUUCAGAAGAACCAGCCCAGUUUACAAAUGAUGGGCCAGUGCCUCCGUCAGGCAGUCUUCAACCACCUGUUCUAUGUCCUUCCCGGGGUUACCAUCAAUUGGUUUUGGGACCCAUCUGCCCCACUGCCAGUGAGGGCUCCAACAUUCACCCAAUUCCUGACUGGGGUGCUGAGCUGUCUGCUGGUGUUUGACUUCCAGUACUACUGCUGGCACCUGCUCCACCACAAAAGUCGCUGGCUAUACAAGAAUCUUCAUGCCAUCCACCAUGAGUAUGUGGCACCUUUCUCGUGGGCAACCCAGUAUCUCGGGGGUUGGGAGCUGCUGACUGUUGGGUUUUGGAGCAGCACCACUCCGCUGCUGUUCAAGUGUCACCCAUUAACUACGUGGGCCUUCAUGCUGCUGAGUGUCUGGAUGUCUGUGGAAGACCAUGCUGGAUACAACCUGCCCUGGGGCCUCCAUAAGAUCAUCCCUUGGGGACUAUGUGGAGGGGCCCCAGCUCAUGACCUGCAUCAUCAGAACCCAAACACCAACUUUGCCCCUUUCUUUACUCACCUGGACCAGGUGUUUGGGACUUCCAACAAAGAUUAAAGAUGGGAAAGCUCCUGCGGAGCAUAGUAGUGUCCUUAUCUCUGAACCAGGAGGCCAGGAGCCAAAUCCCAUCUGCUCCAACAUCGCUGAAUGGGUUGAUUAAAAAUCUGUAAAGAGGGGGGAGCUACAGCAUGUGAACACUUGCCUGAUGCUUUCCCUGUAGAUUGCUGUCCUAAAAAAGGACAUUUCAGUAUCAUCCUUUGCCCAGUGCAGGGAGCUGCGAGAAAGCACGAUUGUAAGAUUGUAUGCAGUGUUUCCACAGUUUCUCAAAGUUACAGCAGGAAUGGCAACUGCGUCCAGUUAGAGACCCACGGAAGAAACAAAGAAUUCCCUUCAAUCUAUAUGAAGCUGACAAUCAGACAUCUAAUAAAACAGUUGAAAAUAGAAGCAUUUAGUUUACUUGUAUUUGAUUUUCUGCCAGUGUGGGAACGCUUGUAAAUUGUUGUUCCAUAUUUCGUAAGAAACACAAUGUCCUAGCAACCAAAGGAAAGGGUUUAAUUUCUACCCUCCAACCCUUCUUUCUCCCCCCAUCUUGGGAGGGACUUCUCUUCCAUAUUAGGACAUUACAAGUAUGUUCACAGGCCUCAGUUUAAACAUCUGAACCAGUGUCAUCAGUGCAGCCCUCCCUCAGCACUACAGUGCAGUGUCAGCUGAGAUUG